AUGGGAGUGCAAUCAUUCUUAAUGAAGACGGAUGAGGGAAGUCUCCAUGGUGUCGCCAAUCCCACUCUUACUCACUUUAUACCGGAUGAAGCUUCUGACAGCACCAUUACCAACAGUUUACCCUCGCAGGCCACUUUUUCUUUUGCAAAAGGUCGGCACGAUACUGAAGAAGAGGAUUUGAAAGUUGUCGUAAGCGGAGCUCAGAGAAAGACCAACGGUGCUACUCGAAGUCAGCGACCGCCUUUUGCCGGCCAACGACUGGCUGUACGGAAUCCGAUGUUCUUCCGAAAUGGCGGCAACGGUAAAGGGGAGCAAACCAACGGAAUGGCGAGCAAGCAAAUGAGGAUAACGGCUAUGGCGAAAACUUAA